AUGGGCUCGCGCAGCUCCCACGCCGCGCUCAUUCCCGACGCCGACCACAUUCGGCGGGAGACCGGCUUCUCUCAAGCCAGUCUGCUCCGCCUCUACCAUCGGUUCCGAGCACUGGACAGGAACCAGAAGGGCUACUUGAGCCGCGUGGAUCUCCAGCAGAUCGGGGCCCUGGCCGUGAACCCUCUGGGAGACCGUAUUAUAGACAGCUUCUUCCCGGAUGGGAGUCAGCGAGUAGACUUCUCAGGCUUUGCCAGGGUCCUGGCUCAUUUUCGGCCUGUAGAUGAGGAGGACUCAAGAAUCCAAGACCUCAAGCAGCCUGAGCCCCUCAACAGCAGAAUGAACAAACUUCGCUUUGCAUUCCAGCUCUAUGACUUGGACAGAGAUGGGAAGAUCUCCAGGAAUGAGAUGCUACAGGUCCUCCGGCUGAUGGUUGGGGUUCAGGUGACAGAGGAGCAGUUGGAGAGCAUCGCAGACCGCACGGUGCAGGAGGCUGAUGAAGACGGUGAUGGGGCUGUGUCCUUCCUGGAGUUCACCAAGUCCUUAGAGAAGAUGAACAUCGAGCAAAAGAUGAGCAUUCGGAUCCUGAAGUGACCACCCGGGCCUGGCCCAGCCAUGCAAACCAGUGCCUGCUUAAAGCCCGUCCUGGAGCCCCAUGGAGUGUCCGCCUGGGCUUGGUUCUCCCCUGCCAACCGGUACCUGCUUGGGCUCCAUUCUCAGGCCACAUGGAAGCAGAUCCUCAUAAACUAUAUUCUUACUUCAAAAAUGAACCCUACCUAAGGGCCCAAGAACAAAAACUAUAGGGGUGUAUGCUAAGAUUAGUUUAUUUGAUCUCUGCUCUGUGAAUAAGACUGAAAAUCCCUGACCCCCACCCCAGCACAGCUGGUUCCCGUGAUCACAUGUUGUUAUCAGAAUUGAGUUUUGUUACCUGCAUUUCUCAACUCAGCUGUGUUCCAGGUUGGCAUCAUUUUUUAUUUCUUGGUGGCAAAUGGCCACCAGCAGCUCCUGGCUACACCAU